CCCUCACCAUAACUAUCCUGCACUGAAUCUCACUCUAUAUAAACUAAGUUCAUAUUUUAAAGCAUUUCAAUUCGAUUUCAUGUUUAUUUGAGUUAUUUCUUCACCCUCAGCAUCCCCUGCCUAGCCUUGCCUCCCUCUAAGAACCUCACGCAGCAUUAAAGAGAGACACAAAUCAAGCUACAACUGGAGUUUGUCGGUUUUGCUUUUUCUUGAAGAAAAGGAAAAAAUAAAAACGAAAAAGUUCCUUUCUGUGGUAUCUAUCUUUGUUUCUUCUGGGAAUCUAAUUCCUCAGAGUGGUAUUAGAAACAAAUAUAUUUUGAAAAAGGAACUCGGAUACUCAAUUGGCGAGUUGAUGAAAUGUGCAAGAGGGGUCUGAAGAAGUUCGCUUGCUUUAUGAUGAAUUGAAUUGGGUUUGAGUUUGGAGUUGAAUUGAAUUUGUUGAGUUUGGAAUUGGAGCAUGUGAGUUGGAAUUAGGAGUGGGAAAGGGUAAGAGGAUGGCUGGGGAUGGGAGUGUCGUCCCUGCAGACCCAGGGGCAAUGACAGUUGUAAAGAAGAAGACACAGUCUUCAAGGAGUUGGAUUCUGAUUGAUGCUUCUGGACAUGGUUCAUUGCUCGACGUGGACAAAUAUGCAAUCAUGAAUCGGGUUCAGAUUCAUGCGCGUGAUCUCAGAAUCCUUGAUCCCUUGCUCUCUUAUCCCUCCACCAUUCUCGGUCGUGAGAAGGCUAUUGUUCUUAACUUGGAGCAUAUCAAAGCAAUUAUCACAGCUGAAGAGGUAUUGCUGAGAGAUCCAACAGAUGAAAAUGUAAUCCCGGUUGUCGAGGAACUGCAGAGGCGGUUGCCUCGAUUAAGUGCCGGUCUUCAACAGCAAGGAGAUAGUAAAGAGUAUCUUGGAGGCCAAAAUGACGCUGAAGCAGCUGAAGAAGAUGAGUCACCCUUUGAAUUUCGGGCACUGGAGGUUGCUUUAGAAGCCAUUUGUAGUUUUCUUGCUGCACGUACAACAGAGUUGGAGAUGGCUGCUUAUCCUGCAUUAGAUGAACUUACCUCCAAGAUUAGUAGUCGUAAUUUGGACAGAGUUCGUAAACUGAAGAGUGCAAUGACAAGGCUGACUGCUAGAGUCCAAAAGGUCAGAGACGAGCUUGAACAAUUGCUGGAUGAUGAUGAUGAUAUGGCUGACCUAUACCUGUCAAGAAAAGGGGGUUCAUCAUCACCAGUCAGUGGAUCAGGUGCUGCAAAUUGGUUUGCUGCCUCCCCUACCAUUGGAUCAAAGAUAUCUAGAGCCAGUAGAGCAAGUCUAGCAACAGUUCGUUUAAAUGAAAAUGAUGUGGAAGAGCUGGAAAUGUUACUAGAGGCUUAUUUUAGUGAAAUAGAUCACACUUUGAACAAAUUAACCACGCUGCGAGAGUACAUUGAUGAUACUGAAGAUUAUAUUAAUAUUCAACUUGACAACCAUCGUAAUCAGCUGAUUCAGCUAGAGCUCUUUCUUAGCUCUGGAACUGUUUGUCUAUCUUUCUACGCUUUGGUAACCGCUAUAUUUGGCAUGAAUAUCCCAUAUACUUGGAACGAAGACCAUGGUUACAUGUUCAAAUGGGUAGUUAUUACCGCAGGAGUAUUUUGUGCUUUGACGCUUGUCACGAUUACUGCUUAUGCUCGCAAAAAGGGAUUAAUUGGAUCUUGAAAAUAAUUGACUGGAAAGCAGUGCCGAAUGAACUUUGACUUACGCAUAUAAUAGACUAAUGAAUUAUGUUGUCAACAUUUUAUUAGAUGUAGUUCAACUUGUGGUUCAGUACCAACAACCCGUUAAAGGAUCUGGGCCCUAAGUUGAUGUGAAAAUUGAGGGAUUUUGGAUCAACUACAUUCCCUGAGUUCUCUGGAUUCAGUCAUCGUUAUAAUAGACUGUAAAUACACUCUGCAGAAUCAAAGUUGAUUCUUCCUUUUCAAUAA